GUCAGGGAGGGCCGUACGUGGUUUGUGACAGCUCAGGUGUUCCAGAUAGCGGAAGAUAUUAUGACGAUAUGGUCAUGAUAUGUGAGCGAUGAUGACAAGAUUUGUUGAAGCCAUCUAGUGUGUUUAAACAUCUGAAACAAAACAUCAGAUUUGGCUGUAUAAAAUGACCCUGAUUGAAGGUGUUGGGGAUGAAGUGACACUUCUGUUUGGUCUAGGAGUGAUUGUCUUCAUCAUUAUAUUGGCAUGGAUUUCAACUAACAUCCAAGAAAUUCCUUUCUUCAGUGUUAUCAUUGUAGAAUUGACACAACGCAGACGUCAACGUGCAAAUGUUGGGGCAGGUAAUGAAGCUUUCACUUCCCUGGUAAAUAAUGCUCCACCAGAUUCGACAAACACACCAUCCUCCUCUGAGGAUUCUGAUCACACAGAUGAACUGCAGUCAGGAGAAAAUUCAUCAAGAGAUGUGCCAUCUUCAAGUGAUAUAUCGGGGCAAAACUCUAAUAUAACAGAAGAUGCUGAAGUAGAAACCACUGUGCGCUUCGUUAAUGUUUUAGAUAAUGGUGGUAGUGCAGCCCCAGAGGCAGUUUUGCAUGAUAUCCAAGGUGGACGUAGUAGAGAAGUUCAAGAUGAAAUUGAAAAUGUUAUUGACACACAGACUCCACAAAAUGUUGAAGGUCUGGAAAGAAAUGUUGAUACAAGUCCUAGUCAAAUAAUUCCCGAUAAUCAAGAGGAUAAUUUAACUGAAACUGAGUUACGAAGGAGAAGAGUUGCUUUCUUUGACCACAAGAGAAACAACAAUGGACAUGAUGUAUCUGAAAUAAGGGGAGAUAAUUCCAGUCAUACUCCUGCGUCAGGUGGAGACCCAUUUGUGCCCAACUCCUCCAGUGAUCAUGUGUCUACUGUUUGUGAUAAAACUAGUGUUACUAGCUGUGAUAACGAACCUACCUUAUCCCAAGACCCAUCUCCUCCUGUAGCUCAGACUGAUAACCAACCACAGGAAAGUUUACUUAACCAAUCAGAAGAGCCAUAUCAACCCGAUGCGAGGCUGGGAGAGGAAGUUAGUGAGGGAGAUGGGAGAAUAAGGAUACGACUAAAAUACCUGAAUGACACACAGAGGAAUGUUGUAGCUUCACCAACAGAUACUGUUGGGCAAUUUCGAAGAGUGAAUUUUGCAACAGAACUGGAGGAUAACAAAGUCGUCCGUUUCAUUUUCAACGGACGAGACUUACGCAGUGACACGAUGACUUUGGACUCCUACAACGUGGUUGACAAUAGUGUUCUCCAUUGCUUGAUUACACAAAUGAACCGUGAUACCUCUCCUCCACGUAUCGACACCGAGGGAGGGUUCGACAUGGGCACGAUAAUGUUACCAUUAUUUGGUGUGAUCCUGUGUAUCAUGUGGUAUCUACGAUUUGAAUACAGACCAUUUUUUUCUGCUACAUCUACGAUAUCCUUGUUUGGAAUUACCUCCCUUUAUGUAGCUGCUGUUUUAGCAUCUUGGGAAAGUCAUCGUCGUGGAAAUGUACAUGAUCACAUAGACUAAUGUGUAACAACAGAAUAUUGUAACCUCCUGACUCAACAUUGGUCAAAUAAGCUGCCAUAUGUUUAAGGUUUGAAUGAAACUUUUUGCAGUCAUGAACUCUGUUUCAUAUGCAUAAGAAUUCUACUAAUGAGAGAUUUUACUUAUUGUGAAACCAUAUUUUAUGUCCUGAAGUGUGUUUUACCACAAAACAAAGACAAAUAAGAAAAAAGAGGAAAAUAUGAAUGCAAAAAUUAUGUGUAAGGACUUGUGUGCAGAUGUUAUGAUGGAGAAGAUGAUUGAUAAUGGGUUUGUAGUAAUCAGAAUCACAUCCCAAGUUUUGUUCAGGCACUGACUGUAGUUCAGAUUUAAAACAAAUUUUUGGAUGAGGAAACAUUUUACAUUUUAUCAAUUUGUAAGAAAAGGUCUUCUCUUGUAAAACCAUUAUAUAUAAUUAUACCUUCUUUGGAAUAGUUCAUCUUUGACCCAGAUUUUAAAAGAUUUUUGAAUGAGGUAACAUUUUACAUAACAUAAUUUUUUUUUUAACAAAAAAAAGGAUCUCCUCCUAUCAACCAUUAUAUAUAAUCAUACCCUCUUUGGAUUCAUUUGACCUUGGAGUUAAGUUUCAGUGAAAUGUCUUCAACUCAUUAAAACUUUCAGUCCAGUUAAGACUUUUUGUUGAAAAUUUUCCACUUGAUAUUUAUCUUAUAAUUGAUGCAGAGGUGAAGGUCACAGUGACCUAUUUUUUCAGAUGAGUAAAGUAUACAUGUACGUACCCUAAACAUACAGAAAAAAUGACAUGAUUUACAGUCUGAGAUAUAUUUCUACUUUUGACUUACAAGUCAACGAGACCUUUUUGGUAUAGGUAGAUGGCUGUUAGAUACGUUUUGAUUUAUAAAUUUUAUUCCAGAUAUUCAGCCUUAAAACUUUAAAGGAAAUGUCACAAUAACCAAAUUACUUAUCAGACUAACAUUGCAUAUUAGAGCAGCUAUACGCUAGUACCGGAAUUUUACAAUUUUACUGCCUAGCUAGGAUGUUAUCAGAGACGCAUGUACAUCGCAUGUGCCAGGGAUAAAACAUCUAUGAUGUUAUAGUGUGAUUUUAGCAUUAAUCAGAUAUAUACGAGAUUAUUAUUGUUUCUCUUGUUUGAUCUGUUUUACUUCUAUUUUAUUAUUCAUUAUAUUUUAUUUCACAAGUUCUCCUUAGUGUAAUAUACUAGUCCCUCUACACUCCAAAGCAGGCAUAGAAAGGCAGAGAUUCCUAGAAAUUAAUCUGUAGUUAUGAUUUACAAUAAUUGAUUUACUUGUGCAUGAAUCCUUCCUCUUGCACAGGGUACAGUAAUAUUAGAUAUUGUAUUUGACCUAAUAAGUACACCUGCUCCGCUCCUAUAAGUACACCACCUGCUCCUAUAAGAACACCUGCUCCUAUAAGUACACCACCUGCUCCUAUAAGUACACCUGCACCUAUAAGUACACCUGCACCUAUAAGUACACCUGCUCCUCUAAGUGUACCCCACCUUUAUUCCAAGGAUAGGUGUGCUAUCUUCAUUUUAUUAAUGGCUAUAUUAAGAAAUGAUAAUGAGAGUAAAAAGGCUUUUAUUUCUCUGACCAGAUUUCAAAUUUCCAAAACUUUCCCCUGUACAUGGUACAUUAAGCAUAUCCCUUUAAUAUUCUUGUAAGCAUUUAGUGCACUUAUUAGAUCAAACACCACAGGUUUGUUAUAAUUACAUUCUGAUAUCUUGCAUGCAUGUAUACCCUAUACUGUUUGAAAUGGAUAUUUGAUAAAUAGUGGCCCAGUCUUCAUCCCAAGCAGGAAGUGUUUUAUUUGCUGAGAACAUUGUUAUUUGGGGUGUGGGCAUUUUACACAUCGGAUGUUUUCAUUAAUAGCAAUCAUCACAAUCAUUUGAAGUAGAAAUGUUGAUACAUGUAAAUUAUUCAUAAUUUUUUGAAGAAUGAAAAAAAAUAUAUCAUUGAGAAUGAUUUUGCUUGUGAUUGAUUUUUUAUGCCAGUAGAUAAGCAGUUUACAUAGUUGUCAAGAUUAUAUCAUGAAAUCACUGAAGUCAGUUGAAAAUCAUUCUACUUGCUGGAUCAGAAUAAGAUAUUAGAUUUAAAUCUGCUCUAUGUGUUCCUGGUUAGAAUACCUUGUCUUGGAUUCUUGUUUGUGACUUAACACUUUGGAUCUUGGUUCAUGACUAAAAUACUGUGGAUAUUUGUUGGUGAAUAAAUACUUUGGAUCUUGGUUCAUGACUAAAAUACUGUGGAUAUUUGUUGGUGAAUAAAUACUCUGGAUCUUGGUUCAUGACUAAAAUACUGUGGAUAUUUGUUGGUGACUAAAUACUUUGGCUAUCCAAUCAUGAUUUGUACAAACUAGUAACAGCAAACUUGUAUGUAAUUAUGUUUAUCAAAUAAAUACAAUAUUUGAUCAA